GCGGGUCGUCGGGCAGAUGAGCGCAGGGUGGUAGUUGCUGUGUGUGCGAGCGAUGGAUUCCUGUUGCAGCAGUCUCGUAAGAAGAGGACAAAAGUCAGGCGGGCGCGGGAAGCCGAAGAAGAUAGGAGCGGGAGCGGGAACAGCCGAAACUGAAACGGGAGGGUUGACGGGUCCAGCAGUGUGGACAGCGGCGGGCGCAGGAGCGCAAGCGUCGGCCGGAGCAGGAGCAAAAGCCGCAACACGGGCGGCGGCGGUGGCGGAGGCGGUCGGACGAGUAGUAGGCAAGAGGGAAAGAGGGAGGAGAGAAAGUAUAAGGAAGAGGGAGUGCUACUUAGACGCAAGAGGGAGUAGCGUCACGGCGCAGAAGGCGAUUCGGACAUGGUUGAGGGAUUUUGCGGCGGUGGAGGAGGUGCAGGAGGCGGGAGUGGAGGUGGUGGUGGUGGUGGUGUUGGGGGGGGACAAGACAAGAUGUGAUGCUGAUGUUGAAGAUGCUGAUGCUGAUGAUAAUGCUGAUGAUGGUGAAUAUGGUGAUGAUGGUGAUGAUGAGGACGAGGAUGGUAAUGAUGAUGAUGAUGAUGAUGAUGAUGAUGAUGAUGAUAAUGAGUUGGUUGUGCGUUGUGACGUGGACCGCUGGCGAUCGUGGAUGGUUGCAGAUUGCCAGUAUGUAUGCCGGCAUGUGCACUCCGGCGUGUACGAGGGGCACAGUUAUCUGUGCAUGGAGCUGCUUGGAGACAGCCUCUCCGAUCUUCGUCGACGGCAGAAGGGCGGGAGGUUUACUAUGGGGACGACCCUAAAGCUCGGGCUACAGCUACUGAAGGGCAUCAAAGGGAUGCAUGAGCUUGGUUAUCUUCACCGUGAUGUGAAACCGUCCAACUUUGCCAUGGGCUAUGGUCCGAAACGGAGACAAUGUUUCAUCAUCGACUUUGGAUUAUCCAGGCGCUACAAGACAAAUACAGGCGAGAUAGUGGCGCCAAGAGAUAAUGCUGAAUUCAGGGGUACAUCGUCAUAUGCUUCUGUGAAUGCUCAUAUGUGCAAGGACCUCGGACGGCGAGAUGACUUGUGGUCAUUACUAUAUGUACUCGUUGAGUUUCUAGAAGGUGAUCUACCUUGGAGGUCAACUUCAUCAGAUAAGGACAAAGUCCGUGGCUUGAAAGCUCAUUUUAACAAGAAUCCUCACCUGCUGACGAAGACUAUUGAACUGCCAGAGGAGCUUUUGUCAUUUGCAAGGUAUCUUCGUGCGCUCGAGUUUCACGACGAACCCGACUAUAACUAUCUGUUGCAGCUUCUGGAAAAUCUGCACAAUCGCCUUGGGUACACGCAUGAUCAGCUGUACGAUUGGGAUGUAGAAGAAUCAGCUCCAGCUGCACUGGCUCCGCCUGCUCCUCUGUCACGGCCACCAACUGGAAGACCAUCAUCUCCUCGAGAAGUUCCUCAUGCUCCAGGAUGGGAACAUGGACCGCCUACUUCCAAUAGCAGCUCAGUCUUCUGCCAGUUCCGUGAUCAUAGGGAGCAGCAGCAGCAACGUGAUGGUCAUGUCCCUUCUUCAAGUGGUGUGAAUUCUGCCGUGAGUGGAGCUGCUGGCACUAAUGGUGGUGGAACGGGAGGUGGCUGCAAUGUACCUGAAAGUGGCCUGGUUGGUGGUGGAAAUGGGGCUGUUUUAAGUGGUGGUGGCCCAAGAACAGUGGCAGGUGGCGGUACUAGUGGUGGAUCUGUGGGCGAGAUGGUUGCAGGGGGGAGUACAGUAGGGCCAUGUCCUGGACCUGGUGGCCUGGCUCCUGCAGCAGCUGGUGGUCCCGUAAUGCAUCGUUAUGGGCAUGAGUGGGAGGGUGGUCGGAUGGAGAGGCAUGGGAUGGUCAUGGAUCGACACAUGGAUCGUCCCCAGGACAGGCUGGGUGGAGGGAGUGACCGAGAGAGGGAGAGGGAAAGGGAUAGAGAAAGGGAGAGGGAGCGAGUAGGGUUUAGGGAACGAGAAAGGGACUGGGAUGUGAGAUUGGCAGAUAGAGGAGGAAACUUCUCUGGGGGAUUUGAUCGGUCGCGACGCAUCUGCUUUGAUAUGCUGACCCGUGGCAUGUGCCUCCGUCAUGAGUGUGACUACUUCCAUCCAGCAAGAGUUUGCGAACGUGCAUCGUCCUUAUGCUUGGACUUCAUCUCUGGGAAGUGCCGCAAUAGAGCAGCAGAAUGUGCACGGUAUCACUGGUCCCUUGAAGAGGAGGAUAAUUAUCGACUCACGGGAUUGCUUCCACCUGAUGCAAUGCGUCCUCUUAGAUACUAUAAUAAUGGACGAGAUAUGUGCAGGGAAUGCCCAGGGGGGCCUGUUAACGGACCUGGUCCUGGACCAGGGCCAGGCUCCGGACCAGGGCCAGGGCCUGGAAUGGGGUCGGGACUUGGAUCAGGGCCAGCGUCAGGGCCAGGACCAGGGCCAGGGCCUGGGACAAUUACUGGACAUGUGCCUACCAGUGGUGAAGCUUCUGGAGCGGCAGUUGCCAUGAGGGGAGGAGGGCGUGGCAUUGGGGGCUCCUUCAGUGGGUUUGGCCAUACUGGUCAUGGAGGUGGAUUAGGAACCCCUAUGCUUGCGCAUGACGACAAACAUGAACAAAAUCAAGGAGGGACACAGGAAACUGGUUUGAACCAUGCAGACCUUUCACCGCCAAGGAACAGGUGUUCUCCCAAGGACAAUGCUGGCCCCGAGCAACCAGUUGGGGCUCGUGGAGCUGCACUGCAUAAACCACACAUUCCGGAUGCCCCUCCUCCUCAGGUACCCUAUCGUAGCCAUGUUCCAGCUGCACAUGAUAGCCAAGUACAAGGUCAUGUUGGUAUACCUGGACCACAUCCCAGUGCUCCUGGCCCAUUCAUGGGACAAAUAGCUGGUCCUGCACAUGGGGCUCUUGUUGGAGGGGUUCAUGGGCCCAUCCCACCAACAUCUACAGGGAUUGGCCCUGUUGGAAGUGCUGUGCCAAUCACUCCUAAUGGCCAUAGUCACCCUGCUGUGAACCCACCACCACCUCCACCUCCACCCCCACCUCCGCCUCCUGUGCAUCCUCGUUUUCCUGUUGGUCAAGGUAGCACUGCAACCCCACAUUUGGGGGGAGAAAGUGGGUUCCCAAUACCCCCAGGAGGUAUCAUUGGGCCUCCAGUGGUUCCUACGAGUCAUGCACCAGACUAUUCAUGUGGGCACCUGCCUGCCCCUAUUCCCGUUCCGGUAUUUGGUGAAAUGACGAAGACGACAGCAGCUGAGAGCUCAUACAGUGGGCAUCGUGGUGGUGAUUGGUACAACGAAAAAGGAAGGGGUCGUAUGAAUGGUGGAUGGGGCGGACCGCCCAGGAUGGGCCAUGGCACAAGAUGGCCAAGGCUGCGGCCUGUCGUCGCUGGAAGAGUCGACGAGAUGGUGCAUGGGAGGCGGUGCCGUAGAGAGAUUGUGGAAGAUCGGAGAGUGCGGGAGCAACUGAGCCGAAUGGAAGAACAAGCGGCUCUGGAUGGACUUGAUGAAUUCUUGAAAGUUGGAACUACAAUGGACAUACGAAGUGGGGUGCCUUCACUCCUCGGAAUCUUGGCAAAGCGGGCAGCUGCUCCUGCCUAUGUCAAUGCAGCCCCGGCACCUGUCGCUGGGGCAAUUGUGCCAGCCGUUCCUGCCCACAGCAACCACAGAGGAUAUAAUGGACCAAGCAACAUGGCCAAUGGAUUCAGCGGCCCUCCAGCUGCAGGCAUGGAUCAUGGAUGGGAUGGUGGUGGAUGGGCAGACGGAGGUUGGCAACGGCAUGAUACUGGUGGUUGUUACAGUGGAGAUGGACGGGGAGUUCUUCCACCGGGUAAUCAUCAACAGCCUCCCUUGCCAAUGGGGAGACCGGUCAUGCCACCUGCACCUCCCUUGCCUCAUGCUUCAGCAGCUGCAGCAGCAGGGAACCUGCAGCAAGAUGAUGGAGAACCGCCACCGCCAGGGGAUGAGCCACCCCCUCCGGGUGUUCAACCUACACCACGUGAUCUUCUUCAGAACCAAAGGAGUCGACUUGGUUGGCGAUGUGACCGACCACCCCUUGGUGGCCUAAACAGGUCUAGGCAAAUGGAGUCCCAGCCUGCUGCUUGCCCAUCAGGAGCUUCUCCCAGGCAUUCUGCAGGAAGACCAUCUUUUCAGACCUCAGAUGAAAGGAAACAGUCUGACGUACCCAGUGUGCCGGUUGAGCAAACGACUUUGGCUUCUCAACAACGAGGGGAAAGUUACGGCAGCGCACCACCCUCACAAUGUGGAAAGGAUGGUUUGACUCCUUCAAGAGGAGCAAUGGCUACUUCACCCGAUUCAGGCACAGGAGGCACUGAAAGGAGGGGUGAUAGAGGGGCAGCUGACGAGCAAGCAAUGACGAAGCAGGAGACGCAUGGGCUCGGAAUCAGGAGUCCUAGACGCAUUGUCAGUCCAGAACGCAGUUAUGGAGGGAAGGGCAAGGAGACGACAGAUGGAAAGGUCAGAGAGAACGCUUGGCAGGGGCAGGAGGGGGGAGGUGGUGGGGGCAGUGACAGGGACACAAUGAAAGGGCUUUCAAGACAGGUUACAGGGCGAGCAGCUGAAAUAACAGACAGUCCUGAAGUACAAGAUUUGGGGCAAGGUGUACGAAGCAGGCAGAGGACGGAACGGAAAAGCCCCACAAUGAGGGGCGAGUUAUGCGAAAUGGAAUGGGAGGUAGCAGGGAAGGAGGCGGGGAAAGCAAAGGAUACAGCGGUCAUAAAGCGACAAGGUUCUUUCAAGUUGGGGCCCUUUGAGCCAAAGAAAACGCAGGGGGUAAAAGGAAAGAGGGGGAAGGAUGAAGAGCCACGCUACGGGGAUUGGAAGUCCAGCGAAGACCGGCCGAGCAAAUCUCCCCGCCUUGUCAAAGGGGGCAGGAAAACACAUUUGGAAUCAGGGGAUUUUGGAGAGUGUACAGUUAAAGAGGAGGAUUUUCGGAAAAGCAGAGAGGCGUUGAGUUGGGAGUUUAAGACAGGAAAAGAUGUCGACUCCAAAACUGAGGGCAGAGGGAGACAUGUGAAGUUGGUGGAGGGAGCAUCCGCUGGAAAAUAUGGGAGCUUGAAGCCGUUAGAUCCAUCACAUAUCAGUAAGAACGUAAAAAUUGAGAGUGGAGAGAAAAUCCAUGGAUUAGGGGGAAGAGCGUCUCCCGUGCCAUUGUCACUAGAGAAGUGGAAAAAAGAGAAGGGGGAUGUGAAGAAAAGUUCAGCAGAAGGCAUUAAAAGGGAUAAGGGAGGAGACAUGAUGAAGGAAAGGAUGGAAUCCAAGAAGAUCAAAGUGAAGGCUGAGCCUUACAGGGUAGAAGACAGUAACGUGAUGAGUAAGAAGGGGAGCACCUCAAGGAAGGGAAAGCCCGCGGAUUUUGGGAAGAUUGAUAAAAAGCCAGAUGUGUCAACGGGAACGAGGGUGGAGGAGAAGAUGGAAGCGGAGAUUGUGGAUGAUGGGGGAGAUGGACGCCAGCGACUCUUGAGAAGUGGAAGCCGUCCCAAGGGGAGCGCAGAACAGGACUGCCGUUCGCCUCCAGGGAGGGACGCAUUCAGUCUUGAUGGUAGGGUUGAGGUUGAAGGGGGAACAGACCGAGAAGAUGGCAAUGGUAGCCGUAUAGCUGGUUCCGACAAGGUUUUGGAAUGGAGGACAGAGGGACGAGGCCCCAUUUCGGGCACCAAUGAUGUGAAAGUGAAGGUAGAGUAUGAUGAAGAUAGGGUCUCGAAAGAUGGUGGAUCACGGGGGAUUUCCUUGGGAGGCGUAAGUGGCUGGGAUGCUGAGGGGAAGAAGAAGUCAGCAGUCAUUGGGAAUGAGGAAAGAAGGUUGAAAGAAUGUGGGCGUAUGGUUGGUGGGAGAGGGAGAUCACCCAGGUCUAUGGUUGGUGGGAAGGAAGUCAAGGUGAAAGUGAAAGGACAUUCGAGAACAAUGCCGAGCAAGUUAGCACGUGGAGGGGACGUUGGUGGUAAAACUACUUUGGCUGUGGAGAGGAAGGUUAUUCCUCCUGCAGAGAAAUCUGGCAUUCACAGAGAAGUGAAGCCUCCCAGAAGUAAAGUAAAAGGCAUGGAGUUGGCAGAAGGGGAUGGUAACAGGGUAGAGGAUGAGGAGGAAGAAGAGAUGGCAGCGGUGGAAACUGCUAUGGCGGAAGACGAAGCAUUGAGGGAGCAGGAAGUAGUCAAAGAUGGUGAGUCCCCAGAUGCAAAAGGAGAGCAGACAGGAGAGGCCAGUUCGGCAGAGAAUGAGGAGCAGCAGGUGAAAGAGAUUGAUGCUUGGAUCAUGAAUAGGACAGAGGAUGAGAUGCAGGACUGGGGAACCGUUGGAUUGGCAGAUGAAGAGGAAGAGGGGGAUGUGAUCAUAAGAGCAGGAAAGUGUGAUGAAGAGGUGAAGUUAGCACCUUUCCCCAUCUAUCGGGAUUCAAAGCGAGAAGCAGAAGAGUGCCCCUCGGGAGGAAGCGACAGCUCUAGCUUCUCCAGUUUGUUUAGAGAGGAGGAGGAGGAGGAUGAAGUUGAUGAUGGCGGGGUCGUAGAUGGACCACGACUUCCUGAUGACUAUGGUAAUGAUAAUGGUGGCAGAGAGGGUCUGACAUCCCUAGACUUGGGCGAGGAGGCAUUUGAAGAAGCUCUCAGCGAGGAAUUGGGAACAAAUUGGAUUGGUGCGGGCCCUGGGCCUGCAGCAGCUGGUGUUUAUGAUGAUUUUGAUGGCUGCGAUCAGGAGGAAGUGGAGGAGGUUGAGAGGCCCAAAAGGCGAGGUCGGAAGCGAAUGUCACCAAUUUCGAACUUGCCGACUGCGGUCACCCGUGGUUCAAAGAGAUAUCGGAAAGGGGCUUCCACGACUGCAAGCAGGCGGGUCAGUCGGACUGAACCUGAAGAUCUAGCGUCACUGGCUCCUGCACCAGCACCAGUUGCAGCUCCUGCCGCCCCUUCAGGCAGAGGAACCAAAUUGCAACUCCAGUACAGGUGUCAUUUCGACUGGAGUCAUUAUGAAUCUGAACAUCUGCUUGACAAUCCCCAGAAAGUCACUGACCAUUACAAAUCUGUCACCCAGGUCUUUCUGAAGGCUACUGAAGUGAUUCACAAAGCAGAGGCAAUGUGCAACCUCAAUCCGACUCCACGCAAUGUUCUCCGAGAGCUGAGUACCUUCUCUUCCAAGACAAAGAUUUUCUGUUUGGGACUCUGUCCUCGCCUAAUUGCUGUCGAGAUCUUUGACAGCAAAGGGCAAGGUGGAUCAAAGGUUCAGACAGGAGGUCGGGAUGAUGUCUGCUUGUGCAACAUGGGUGACCACGUGCGGAGUUCGUCGGACCCGGAGAUAGGAAACGGCCACAGAAUGGGAAGUCGACUAAACGGUCCGCGGAGUCGAUCUGUAAAACCACGAGGUAAGCCGGGGAGGGGUCGAGGGAGAGGUAGGGUGGGUGGCCGUGUGCUGGCAGUGGAGGAUGAUGGUUCUGUAGCAGCUUCAGGAGUGAGUCCACCUCUUCGGGGAGCUGGUGGGAAGAGGACAAAGGCUCUGAUGGCAGAGCCAACUGUUCCCGAGGGAGGGGAGGAGGAGGAGGGGAUUGAGAGGGUUUCAGGGAGAGGACGGGGAAGGAAGCCCAGCAGCGGUGCAAGAGGGCGAGGCAGGGGUUAUGCUGGGCGGCCAGUGGUAGUGAACAAGGUUAUUGGUAAUAGGAUUGCAGAGGCGGUAGAUGAGAGAGUAGAUGUAAGCCAUCGUAGAGGGAGGAAAGGAAAGGAGAUAGGUAGUGGCGUGGGCUACGUGCAAGGUGGAUGGAGUGGAAGUGUGGAAGGCAAUGAUGAGAGAGAGGAUGUAUAUGGCGAGGGUGAGGUUGGAAUGGACAUAGGGUUAUCGUCGGAGGCUGGGGAUGACGGAAAGUCUGACAUAUGGGAGGAAAUUGCAGGUAGCAUUAAAAGCAGGGAAUUGAAAGGUCUUGGGGAUGUGUUUGUGAGCGGAAAACGUAGGCGGGGCAUUUGAUGUCCAUGAGCUGGCAGGUGGAGUAGGUCAUGGGCAGGAGCUGAUUAAGGGCAAUUGAAGGACCGCUGGAGCCUGAAGGCCUGCUCUGGGCACUUGUCUCAGUGAUCGAGCUGAAGCAGAACCGUCACAGAGGAACUGUGUGCUCAUUACUUGGUGUUUGUGUGCAUCUCAAUAGACUGACGCUUCGGGAAGUAUAUAUGACCGACCGUGCAUGGUAGAUAUGCUCACCUGCAUUGGUGAGUCUCACUAAUAGUUACGUUUUGGGUCUGCCAGUCAUGCUGUCUUCCUUGCAGACGAAGCGGUGCCUGCAUUCAGUGCAUUGACUGUGGAACAACAAGUUCUUAGUUGAGCUGCUGUUGUGGAUCACAGAACCACACCCCACAGUUCUGGCCAGAUGGAGAUGAUGGUCACUGCUUAUCGAAGCAUUCGUUUGCUUAUAUGUGACGGUGGUCAUGUGUUGUUGCUGCUCUACAAUUGAAGGUUGCGGUAUGUGCCAGUGUCCCCUGUCUUUGUUUAUGGGGGUAGCAAAGGGAUGGAGAGGGCUUGUUUUUCUCUGUAUGACUCUGUGGCCUGUAUGUGCAUCCAUCCAUUUAGGGGGUAUGCGGGAGUGAUGCGAUCGGAGUUUCCCGGUAGGGAGCUGUGGUGAUCCAUCCGGUUUGGACGAUGUCGUUGGUAAGGGAGGAUUUAUUUUUAUUAUCCAGCGCUCUCGGUAAACUCUCUUUACAUUUACUUUUUAUCAAAUUUCAUGCCAAUUCUUUAUUGUUUCUGCUUGCCGCUGUCUGGAAUCCUUUUGCAGAUAUGGAGUCCCGAGC